GAGCGCCGGCCCCCAGACUGCUAUAAAAGGAAGGAGUGAGCGGUGGAGCAGCAGCAGCAGCAGCACAGGGGCCUAACUCAUCAGCACAGGUAACGCACGGAGAAGAUGAAGAGUGCCAGGAAACCAGACACCGGGGAUUCUGGGAGUGAUUUAUCAGAGCAGAUUAAAGCGGCCACUUCAGACAUCCAUGUCAGAGCUGAAAACACUGAGCUGAUGUUGACCUACCAGAAGGGUCGGAUCAGUGCCACGCAGUACAAGGUCCUGCUGUGUUCCCUCUAUGAAGUCUACAAGGCACUGGAGGAGGAGCUGGACCGGAAUUCUUCCCACCCGGCCAUCGCUCCCAUUUACUUCCCACAGGAACUGGCUCGAUUGGAAUAUCUGCAAAAAGACCUGGAGCACUUUUUUGGCCCCAACUGGAAGGAGCAGGUGAUCGUCCCUGCAGCCACACACAGAUAUGAACGAAGGCUCCGAGAGAUUGGCAGGACCAACCCGCUGCUGCUGGUGCCGCACGCUUACACCCGCUACCUGGGUGACCUAUCAGGGGGUCAGGUUCUGGGAAAGAUCACCCAAAAGUGUCUGGGUCUGAACGACAGCGAGGGAACUCAGUUUUUCUCCUUCCCGGCGGUGAGCAGUCCCAACCGCUUCAAGCAGCUGUACAGGAGUCGCAUGAACAGCAUCGGCCUGACGGAGCAGGAGAAGACGGAGGUGCUGGAGGAGGCCGUCACAGCCUUCCAGUUAAAUAUCCAGGUUUUUGAUGACCUGCAGAAAAUGCUGAAUGUCACGACAGCUGAGCAGCCGAACGCCCCCCGCCCCCCCACCGCCCUCCUCUCACCUACAAAUGUUAAGCAGUUGACUGUGGGUCUGUGUGUGGCAGCGGUCACUAUUGGCAUGAGCAUUUACGUCUCCUGACUGGACCGCAGACUGGACCGCAGACUGGACCGCAGACUGGACCACAGACUGAACACACAAACACAGGCACUUUACUGAAAAAAACAGGAGAAAACUCUGUUUCAUAUCAAAUGGUUCAUAUUUUUAAUUAACUUUUAAUAAACAGUGAAAACAACAACA